GCCUUCAUCCUGAAAUACCUCCCAUGCUCCCCUUGUCUAGCCCCCACCAUCCCUCACUUAGUCCUCAGCCCCCCAAUACCUCAGACCGCUCCUCUAGCCCCCAGUCCUGCCUCUGCCCCUACUAACACAUGCAUUGAUCUCUAACAUCCUUUCUUAUAACCCAGUGGUUUUCAACCCUUUUCAUUUGUGGCCCCCCCAAGCAUUUCAAAUGGAGGUGCAGACCGCGGUGGAUAUCUCAGACAUGCUCUGCAGACCCCCAGGGAGCCACGUACCAUAGGGCUUGCUGGCAGACUUGUCUGAGGAUCUGACAGAGGCGAAGCACAGGGACUACCCAGAAGAACACAGGCAAAUCAGAAUCACUCCUCUCCUGCAGCAAUGGGUUGGCUGGAAGCAUCAAACUGGCAGCUUCACGUUUCCUUGAUCGUGCUACUCUCCAUACACAUGAAAGGUGCCUUGGUUGAACCAGUUGUUGAUCCACAUGUAACAGCAGUUUGGGGGAAGAAUGUCACCCUGAAAUGCAUAAUUGAAAUAAAUGGAACAAUAACACAAAUCUCAUGGGAGAAGAUGCAUGGUAAAAGUAAACAGACCAUUGCUGUUCAUCAUCCUAAAUAUGGGUUUACUGCUCGAGGAGACUACCAAGGAAGAGUGUCACUUAAGAACUACUCACUUACUGAUGCAACUAUCACACUAAACAAUAUAAGCUUCUCUGAUUCAGGAGAAUAUAUAUGCAAAGCAGUUACAUUCCCACUAGGAAAUGCUCAGUCAUCAACAACUGUAACUGUAUUGGUUGAACCCAUUGUGAGCCUAACAAAGGGACCAAACUCUUUAAUAGAUGGUGAAAAUCAGACAGUAGCAGCCAUUUGUACAGCAGCCACUGGAAAACCUGCUGCAGAUAUUGAUUGGGAAGGUGGUCUUGGAGAAGUGGAAUCCAGUUCUACUUUAUUUCCAAAUGAAACCGUGACAGUUGUCAGUCAGUACAAACUCAUACCCACCAAAUUUUCCAGAGGAAGACUCAUAACUUGUGUUGUGAAGCAUCCGACUUUGGAAAAGGAGAUGAGAUAUCCUUACACAUUGGACAUACUAUAUGCCCCUGAAGUUUCAGUAACUGGGUAUGAUGGAAACUGGUUCAUUGGAAGAGAGCAUGUUCAGCUCCAGUGUAAUGCUGGCGCAAAUCCACCGCCCACGGAAUUUACAUGGACCAGGUUGGAUGGGCAAUGGCCUGAAGGUUUAAUGUCUUCAAAUAAUACUCUGCAUUUCAACAGUCGGUUGACUUACAAUUAUACUGGGACUUACGUCUGUAAGGUGACCAAUUCCCUUGGACAAAGAAAUGAUCAACAGACGAUCUACAUUUUAGAAUAUCCGGGGAAUGAGACUGCUGUUUUAGAGGAAUUGGUGUUUGGAAGUGGAGAUACCCUUGAACUUUCCUGUAACACCCAGGGCUCUUCCAUGUCAGUUUUCUGGUUCAAAGAUGGCAUUGGGAUUGCACCUACCAACAGAACUCAUAUUAGACAAAAGCUGUUGAAGAUCAUUAAUGUGUCAUCUGACGACUCUGGGCUGUACAGUUGCAAGCCACGGCAUUCCAGUGAGGUUCUGGGUAACUUUACAGUCAGAGUAACAGAUUCUCCAUCAUUGGUUGUUGGCGGUGAUGAUGAGUCUGAAGAUACAGGUGAUGGUGAUGAUGAUGAUGGAUCUGAAGACACAGAUCCUCCUACUACUAUUACACAACCACCCACGGUUCCAUGGCAUCCUUCAACUGAUGGCAUCAGAGCUUCAGCAACAGAACCAGAACUAAUGCAUUUUCCAACAUCAACCUUGUCUCCCAGCAUUGCUGGCAAUCGGGGUAUCAGCAUUGCUAGUGCUGUGGGUGGGGCUCUCUUUCUGAUAGUUGUAAGUGUUUGGGUUGGAGUUAUCUGCUAUAGGAGAAUACGAAAAUCCCGUCAUUACUACUUUGUUAGGACCCGCAAUACACCAUCAGAUAUGGAUGAAGAGUCUCAAAUAGCUGUUUUCCAACCAAAUGAUGUAGACUCUUCUCCUGACAUUAUAAAAGAAAGAAUAGACAUUUCACUGGAAGUUUUAACAUCAAACAGUAAUUUAGAAGACCCAGACAAACCAGAUGAAACACUUUAGACAAUACUAACAGAUCACAAAAACAGUAUGAAAGACCAAUGGAUUAUUAUGAAGGAGGAACACUGGGAAGGAAGUACAUGGGUGGGAACAUAUAGAUGGCUCAGUAAUAUCCCGGAGGGAGUGGUGUGUGUAGUAACCACUGAUACAGUUCCAUUCAUUAGUUGAUCACUUUCAGGUUGUUCAUAUUUUUACAUGAGUAAAAGCAAGCUUUUUUAAGUUGAUUUUCAAGCUUUUGCUGUUGUAAAAAUCUGGGUUAAAUGUAUCUGAGCUGCUUUAUGAUUUUUAUUGAUAUUAUUGAUAUGAUAUUAUUGGACUUUUGAUGCAUAAAGCUUUAUUCGUCUACUGCACACGUAAGAACCAAGUGCUAAAUUAAAGUUACCAUAGGACAAUGUUAGAGUUAAUAAGCAGCUGUCUUGGCUUUGCGAUUUAAAAACAAACAGUUUACCUGAGACUAUGGUCAAGUAUAAUCUUUGUUAAGCACGUGGCUUUUUUAUGUAUAUAUACACACACACAUUUUAGACAAAAAACGAGUGCAUUAGUCUCAAAGCUGAAGGUAAAUUCAAUUCUUAAAAGUAAGUUUCACUAUAAAAAAUGGAUUUGCUUAAAUCUGUUUUUUUUCCAAAGGUAUAUUUUACUUUUCUACACACAAAUGAAUACCUCUCUGUUUUAAUGAGCCUUUCUGCAAUGCAUAGUUAGUGGUAACUUUAAAAAGAAAACAUGUUGCAUUGAAAAAGUUAGAAUUCUCAAUGAAGGCGUUUUAGAGGUAUAACAAUUAAUAUAUGGAAGGUUUUGUCUUGUAGCUGAUUUUUGAGAACCAUGUGUUACACUACAGUUCAUUUCCAAAAAGUACGAUUACAGUCUAUUUACAGAAUUAGUCAGCUGUAGUCCUGCACUUCACACGAGAUCAAAACCGGAUUCUCGAACUUAAGAGAAUAUUCAACUAGAAAUAAGAUGAUGCCAGAAAAGUUUUCACUGGGAUUGGGAAAUACAAGGUUAGGUCUCAUUUCAGAUACAAAUUCUAAGUGUAUGGGGGAAACAAAUGGAGUGAAUGUAGCUAAGAUAUAGAAGUUUAAGAUUUUAGCAGAAUACAGCAUAACCUAGUGUGCAGAACAUAAAAGGUAAAAGGGCACAUUUUACGAUGCUCUGUGAUUACAUCAUUUCUUUUAAGAAUUGAGCAUACUUGAAAAAAGCAUAUUUAUGAAAAGGGGUUAAUGUAAAAAAAGUGCUAUUUAAAAUAAAGCAAGUAGGGAAAUAACUAUUGCUAUUUGAUGCUGUUGAAAAAUAAUUUGUACCAGAAUCUCCGGGAUUCGCAGAACAGCAGUUGUAUGUGUUACUCAGUUGGGUUUGUUUGUAUUGCAUUGGUUUGCUUUGUUGACUAAAACAGUAGGCAGUCUUGUAGCUAGGAGAAGCAGAUGGCUCCCAGCAAUGACACUGAAUGCUUGGAAGUCAGUUUCAAGAGCUGGAACAACCUUGCCUCUCCUUCAGUAGUAGGUUCACUGCUUCAUCUUUGCAAAUGAAUAGAACGGAAUCUGAAUGAAAUUAAUUCAGGUAAUCCAGUUUGAGGGCAGUUACAUUGUAACAAUGAGAGGUGAGAAAUAGUUCUGUGGUGAAAUCCUAUGUUGAGCUCUCAACUUUACAUGCAUUCAUGAGUUAAACUCUUACCCAGCAAAACUUGCCUUAAUGUUGAAGUCCAGAAAUGAAAAAAACUUAGCCGGGGUGCAGGGGGGAGGGCGGUAUUGCCACACAAAUAAAAAUUUAACAAGCUUGGACCAGAAUUUUAAGGAGGCUGGGUGGCUACUUUUUUGAAUGUUUCGUUUAGUAGUAAAAGCACUGCAAAAUGACAGUAUUUAGAGCUUUGCAACACAGACAGUAUCUGCA